CAUGCUGCUUAGUUAUUAUACGUGUCUUUUUAAUGUAGGCUAUAAAUGGCAUUUAAAAUCUUCUCCAGACUCACCUCGUUAAACCUCCAAAUUAAGGGUCCACAGACUGCCUUCAGGGCGUUAAGCUCCGGCUGCAGUUUAUCGGUGGAACACGACCGACAGAACCGGCGCUUCACCGUCACUCAGGGCAGCGGGGCAGGCGGCCAUGCAGAGUGUGCAGUGCUGCACUACAAAUUCACCGGAGAGAAGGAAGUGGACUUAGUGUCAACGUAUGUUCCAGAGACAUUUAGGGGCCAAGGUGUUGCUGCAUUGCUGUCACAGGCUGCCAUGGACUUCCUGGUUGAAGAACACCUCAAGGCUCACAUCUCCUGCUGGUAUAUAAAGAAAUACAUUGAGGAUCACCCGAUGAAAACUUAUAAAGAACUUGUGAUCCCUUGACUGCAGCCAGAUUGUGAAGAACAGCCAGUGAUGCUACCUCAAAUGAUCUUUAACCAAAAUCAGUCAAAAAUAAUCUGAAUAGAUAUUUCAAGUUGUAAAUUGUUGUUCGACAACCUGAAUUAUGUAAAUUGAUUUUUCAUACCAGAAAGCACUUUUUAAUAUUUUGUCAUCUUUAAUUAGUUAAUUCAUAGUUUCUCACUAAGUAUUACUAUUUAUUAAUUAUUUAAUAUUUGGAAAAAUAAAUGCAAAUGUUAACCAGGCAUAAUGUUUGAUUUUUUUUAUAAUUUCUGCAAAAAUAAUUAACACUUUGUGUCUCUGAUGCAGAAUAAUGGGUGCUGAAUAUCAUUUAAAAAAAUGCUUGUAAUGUAGUUGUCACUCUUCAGUAAAAUUCUGCUAAAAUGUAGCAACAACUCUUAAAGAAUAUGCAUUUGUUGAUGAUUAAACAUGAUUUUCUGAGUA